CUCUAUAAGGACCACAGGUGGUCAUAGAAGUUAGCCUUCCCAUGUUUAUGCUUUGUAGUCCAGUGGAUUCCUAAGAUAACGGAAAAACGAUUACUUCUAAAAAUGCCUUAUCUACCUUAACUUUGUUCUCUACUUGCCGGCCGUUCCUCUCUGAUCUUCUCGUAUGUGACAGAUAUGAAAGUGCUCUUAUUCCAUGUUUAAAUUGCAAAGCUCAGAAUUUCUUGUGAUAUCAUCUGUUGCAUUUGGUACAUCGUGUGAUUUCACCCCUAACACUUUUCCCAAAGCAGCCUUUAGUUAUUCAAUUUAUCUCCCAUAUUUUGAUGAGUUGUAUAAUUUUCCUGGGGUUUCAGUGUCUUUUAAUUCUUCCCAGAUCUAAUGGUAUGGAGGACUCAGAUGGAGUUUCGAGCGGUGGUGUUCCCGACAUCACCCAGUUCCUUAGUGUAUGCAUGGCUGAAGAUGAUAUAGUGAAGGGUGAAGAGGAUGCUGUAAUGAAUGAUGAAAGGAAUGAUGUAGUAAAGGUUGAAGAGCCCAUGAAUGAAGAACCAAAUGAUGAAACAGAAUACAACAAUGAUGGUGAGUCAGUGAAGGCAGAGGAACCUAGUCUCUCUGAUUAUGAAGAAGAUGAUUCAGCGAAGUACAAUUACUGCAUGGAAGUGCAGUAUAAUGAGGAAUUAAGAAAUAUGUGGGCAAACUCAUUCAUGUUGAAGCAAGGAGAUGGACCCUUCAAACUGUCUGGCAAAGAGUGCCUUGUCUGUGGAAAAACUGUAUCCAGAAGUAAGAUGAAAGUACACAUGCGAACCCACACUGGAGAAAAACCGUACGAGUGUGAUGUGUGCAACAAGCGUUUUGCCAGAUCGGAUAAACUGAUCACUCACAAGAGAAUCCAUACGGGAGAAAGGCCUCACGCGUGUUAUUGUGGAAAACAGUUCAGACGAUUGGAUCACUUGAAGGAUCACAUAAGGACACAUGAUGUCAGUGAGACAGAACGAGCUACUUUGCUUGAAAAAGCCAUGAAUUAUGAGUUCAACACAGACAGCAAGAGGGAUUUCACUGCACAAGUACGUGCACCUGGUUCUUUUGUGUGUCCGGAGUGUGGUAUGACAUUUACUCAGAGCUACAAAUAUAAGCGUCACUUACGUGUGCAUACUGGAGAAAAACCCUACGUUUGCUUUUGUGGCAAUAAGUAUACUCGCUCGGAAGGGCUCCGCAGGCAUCAGUUGAACUUCCAUGGCUUGGAUAAGAAUAACUGUGUACUGGGUGAAAUACCUAUAAGAAUUUUCCCUGAGGUGAUCUUAGAAGUGGACCAGCCACGCCCUGGUGAACCUGAAUUAAGUGAUCCUGGAAAUGUAGAAACCUCUGACUUACAGGACUCUCUAAAUAAAACAGAGUGCGACGAGAAUGAGCAGACCCUCGGUGACGCUGAGCUUAAACAUGAAGUUGCAUCAGAUGGGGCUGAUGGAAAUGGAGGUUCAGAAUUGGAAGGGUGUUUCUCCAGUACGUAGAAGCUGACCUAGAAGAAAGCAACAGUCAAAGUGGGGACUUGGCAAAUAAGGAUUGCCCAAUUUGUGGAAAAAGUGUAUCAAGGAGCAAAAUAAAAGUUCAUUUGAGAACGCAUACCGGUGAGAAACCAUUUCAGUGUGACAUCUGCUAUAAAAGUUUUGCACGGUCCGAUAA